GGCACAAGGCGGAGGGGAGGGCGCAGCCGGCGGCGCGCAUGCGCGGGAUGCGGCGCGGAGGUUUGAACUGCGGGCGGUUGGAGCGGGCGCCGGCGGCAGGGGACUGUCUCUCUGAUGUUCUUCAUCAGUUGAAGGAUGACCUAUUUUCUUCCAUCGUUGUAAUGAGGGACUGGAACUCACGUGACAAAUGAAUGAAAUUCUCCAGUCUCAGCUGGCAGUCUGAAAAAAAUGCAGCGAAGACAGAGUUCUAAGCACUCAAAGCAGCCUCUCCGUGUUCAUGAUAGUAAUCAAACUGAUCUCUCUGCAUGGCGAAAAGGAAGGAGUAUUGAUACUGAAAAAACUGUACAAAAUCAGCAGUCUCCAAGUGACGACAGCGAGCACAACUCCCUUGAGCAAGCUUUGAGAUUCUUUGAGAAAGUUCAAGACCGGGUUUCACUGAAAAAGAGUGAAGUUUUGCAGAAACAUUUGUCUACUGUGGAAAGCAUUGGCCUGCAAAGAGGGUUACCCCCUGAAGUAUUUGAUACGUUACUAACCGUGGCACUCAGUGGCAAACUUGCUGAUACAGUGAAUACUCGUUUACUGAAGAGCCUAGUUCCAGCCUCAGUAAUACCAGAAACUUCUGUUGUUUCAUCUGUAUCUUGGCUCUGCGUCAGCAAAUGCACAGGCAACGUCCAGCUGCUUUUUCUAAGAUGGCUGAUCACAAUGUUUGACUUCAUUGAUCGCAAGGAACAACUUCAUGCCCUUUAUGGCUUCUUCUUUUCCUUCCUUCAUGAUGACAAGUUGUGCCCGUAUGUCUGCCACCUGCUCUACCUGCUGACCAGGAAAGAAAAUGUCAAGCCUUUUCGAGUCAGGAGACUGCUUGACCUCCAAGCAAAAACGGGAAUGCAGCCUCAUUUGCAGGCUCUGCUAUCACUUUACAAGCUCUUCUGUCCUGAGCUCGUGUCCAUAACCCUUCCUGGGAAGACAAAGACUUACUUCAGGAAUUCAGAGGCUCCAUGGAAAGCGGCAAUCAACACUGUAAGGCGAAGAAACCAGGCAAAUUCUCCAGUGUCCCAAGCACUGUGUUUAGGCACAACUCAACCUCAAUCACGAAAAAGAAAAUGGAAUACCCAGUUGAUUGUACCUGUAAGCAGUGCCAACGCACAAAAUUUAGUAGGGAACAGGGAAAAGAACUGUGUUGAUCUGUACAGUACAAAUGCAUCUUUUCCAGUGGAGCAGCUGCAGACCUUUACCCAGCUCCUAGAAAAUAUCCAUUGUUUAGAGUUUCCUUCCCAGAUGGGUUCAGUGUUAGCAAACCCGUUAUUGCUUCACUACAUGAAUUGCAUCAAAGAUGAAUCUAUUUACCUGAGGCUCUACUAUUGGAUGGGACAGACUCUUCAGGAAGGGUGUACCUGGUGUGUGGUUGAGAAUAACCAAUAUGAACAAGAAUUCAAGGACUUCCUGGAAAUUAUCUACAAGGCAGAGUGUUUCUUGCAGGAAGGAUUUUCUUCUUGUGAGGAGUUCCUGUGUAGGAGCCUUCCUCUCUGGGAUGGCUUCUGCUGCCGAUCACAAAUCCUCAGAAUCGUGAGUUGGAUCCCCCUCAGCAGCUUCUCUGAAAUGAAAUCACAUAUCUGUGAUCCCCUGGCACAGCUCUUUUUCACAUCCUCACUUUAUUUUAAGUGCAGUGUUCUUGAGUGUUUGAAAGAGCUGUUGCAGAACUGGCUAAACUGGCAUGUGGUUUGGCUGGAUUCAGGGUCUGACAAUCAAUUCCGUUCUCUGAAUACCACCCUUUCUGGACUAGUGAAUGGGAUGGCUGAACUAAUCCACUUUGUUGGAUGGAUCUCUACUGUUGCAUUGCGUUUAGAAAGCAAUUGCACCUUCUUGUUGUACUUCAUCCUGGACUUCUAUGAAAUCGUGUGUGACAUGUAUCUGAAGUACAAUCUGCCUCUGUUGAUAAUGCCUCCUGCUGGAGUUUUCUACCCAGCCUUGCUUAGCAUGGAUUCUGUCAGCUUGAAUCAGCUCUGCUACAUUAUGUACAGGUAUCGAGCCAACUUGGUAGCUGCAAAAGAAAAUGAGCUGAAUAAAAAGAAAACGCAGCAAUUCAAAUUCAGUAGCCAGACAUACCAAGAAUACAACCAGUACAUAAUAGCUAUGGUGGGUUGUCUGUGGACAUCCAGUGCGUUCCAGAAGGAUGAUCAUCCUCAGGGUGUUCGUCUGGAUGAUGAAUUGCUGAAGAAAACUGGAGUGCAGGAAUUCAAAAACAGCUUUAACAUUGUCUUCCACCCAGCUAUGAUGGGCUAUGCUGUCCUCUUCCUGCAGCAGGCCUGUCCAGAUGAUAACACCUUCAACUUCAGUUUAAUUAAGGGAAAGAAGUGGAACUGGUAUCUGGAGUAUCUCUAUGCACAAGGUUUAAAAGGCCUGAAGCUCUUUGUUGAAAGCAGCAUCAAUCGUGUUUCCCAGGCCUCUCAAAAUAAAGCAGGGAAUGUGGAAAUGUAACUCUGGGACUCAUUGGAGCCUUUUUAUCUUCUGGAACAGGAAAGCAGAUUAUAAUGGACUGUGUCACUAAUCCUUCCUCAGUGGAAAGAAACAGAGCAAUUACCCUUGCCUGCAUUUUCUUACUGGCAUCUGUGUUAGGAAAGUGAAGAUACAGAAGGAAUGCUUAGGCUGGCUUGGUUCACUAACAUUGAUCGCUAUGUCUCCCUGCUGACCUUCUUUGGUCUGAGGCUGCUGAGCUCAUAUGCUAUGUAACAUCCCUGGUUUUCUUUGUUGGAAUAUCUGCUUUGAUUGAGGAACAAACGUUCUGCAUUUUAAACUGCACGAAGCACUGCUCCUUCAAAUACCUAGCGUUGAUCCGUGACCUCCUUUGCCUUCCUUGACAGCAAGAGAAAGAGUUUAAUCCGCCUUUCAGGGAUACCGUAUGUAUACUGGGCUGAAGGACUACAAGCUUCGCCAUUCCCUGUUGUACCAUAUACGUACUGGCUCUUAACAGGGUGGCCAAACUGAUCUUCCUGAAGUUCAUUUUCAUUAUUAAGGUUCCAGAAGAGACAUUCUUGAUAACUUUGCUUAUAAUUCUGUUUUAAUUUAGCUGGAAAACUUUGUGCUCAGUUCAUGGUUUAUGAUAAUUUGAGCAUCUGAACAGUGUUGCCACCUGUUCCCUAUUUUCUAUUAAUAAGUUCAUAUGUGGCUUGCCUUUUUGUUUUUAGCUCUGUACAUGUUGUAUAUUACAUGUGUACAUAUGUAUAAUUUAUAUUCUGUAAAAAAUUUUCCAACGUGUCAUUUUGAAGGAACUGCUAAAAAGUGUAUCUUCUGUCACUUUGUUUUAACACUGAGUAAAAGUGGGGAGAAGCUGAACACGGGUCUUCAACAGUUGAGUGAACGUUGUCUCUCAGCUGUGAAAUGAAGUUGUAAAUGCUCAACAGGUGGGACAAUAUACUGAAUUUUGCAUUGUGAAUUUGUACUUUGAUCCAGUAAAGGAAUUACAUCAGUCCUGAGUGACUCCAGAGCCA